GUAAACUUGAAGCUUAAAUAGUGGACGAUUGUAUAAAUCAUGCCCCGCUGUUCCACCCAAUGAACCUUAAAUGGAGGGUACGUUACCUAAGAGGUACCUUAGGUAGGUAGGAGGUACCUACCGGUACACAUUGUGCACUGAUCUCUUGGACCUUAAAACAAACAUUCCAUUUCCCAAUUACCAUUUCCCAUUUCCAAUUGCCAUCAACCGGGGCUUCUCCCAAAUUAUAUUUUAUAUUACACUAACCAUUCAUUUUCAGCCGAUUCCACCUCCCCACACCGCAGAGCCGUUAUGGAUUCCAAACUCACACCACCAGCCUCUAUGGCACGAAAACGCGCCUCCGCAGACGAAGGCGAGGAGCUGCCUAGAAAACUUCGUCGCGAGCGGGUUUCCAACUCCUUCCGAGCGAACAUAUUUCCGAGCUCGACCUACGGCCAGCGAUCAGUGUUUGGCGACUCCGAAUAUUCGACCACCGUACCGCCCGACGAUAGCGAUCUGGACUGCGAAGACGAUACUGAGGCGAUCGCAUACCUUCAGUCUGUGCGGUAAGAUUAUACCCAUCUCCUUCUUUUCCCAUCUCCCUACUUUUCCGUCUUCCAUCUCCAGAAAAAACUCGCAAGGCUAAAUCGGAAUCACGGUUCUCUUUUAGGUGGUGAUUGAUAUACUGAUAUGGUGAGUAUAGAGUGCAAGCAUCUACAAUCCCGCAUGUGAUGGUCGCGAGCAAAGCUGGUCCACAACCGCCCAAGGCUCCGCAACAGCCUACAGCAGGUCCGGAGGAUCAGCAACAAGAUGAAGGCGAAGAGGGACCCCUAGACCGCAGCAUAUAUCAAGACGGCCGAGGCGAUUUCAGAGGAUACUACCACGAUGGGGCGUACAUCGCGUAUCCGCCGGGUUAUUUUGACGAAGCCGAAGCCGAGGACGAGGACGAGGACGAAAAUGAGGACGAAUAUUACGAAGAGGAUUAUGAUGGUGAGGAGGGCGGAGAGGAGGGCGGAGAGCAAGGGGACCAAGAGCUAGGAUACGAGGAUAAAAGCGAUUCUGAGUGGACUGAAGGCAGGCCCUAUAACAGCAGUUCUGACGAGAUCCGCGACGCGUACUUCCAAUCUCUCACAAACCAGUUCCUAGCUCUACGCGAGAUCCUACAGAAAGACCCACCCGAUCACCUAUUAAAUACUCUCCCUAGGUCGAAUCCAACCGACGUGGGCGAGUUCGGACCUAGAACCGAUACGUUCGCAAAGUGGUCUGGCCGGCUCCGGGGUACGGACCCGUUGCCCGCCCAAAUUGCCGGGAUGCGUAAGGAGAGCGUCCUCCGCCUGAUACGCAUUAUUCUCGGCGGCAAGUUCCUACGCAAGAACCAGGAGCUCCGCGAACGCACCAGUAGAUGGAUCUGGGCGCUUCUCGCGCGUCUCCCCGACAAAGGCGAACUCGACUACCAGGAGAUCGGCUGGGUACGCGAGCUGGGUAAGAGAGCGGUUCUGCUCAUGGUCAGCUUGGCCGAGAUGGAAGUCCUGAAGGAGCAUUACGACGUGGGCGACAGUACUCCCGAAAGCCAGGGCGAGGUCGAAGUUGUCGAAGGCGUUGAUGAGAUGAGCCAAGGCGAGUGCUGUGACUACGAGGAUAUCGAUAUCGAUACCAACGAUCCCGAACCUCACCAUGGCGGCCCGGGUCAGCCCCCAGGCGGUCAGGUGCCCAAACUUGCUCCUUCCGGCGACACAGUCGGGUACGGAGCCGAUUUGAACAGCAAUGGCAGUAAAACAGAUGAAACUGUUGGAACUAAGCUACCACCUAAAGACGAAGUAGCAGAGCAGUCAGACGUUGAGAUGGAGAUGGAAUCAGAGGGGGAGAGAGAGGAGGACGGGGAAGUAUCCGACGCACCCCAGCAGCAAACAGAACCCACGGCUGACAUAGAGAGGGCCAAGGCCCGUUUGCUCGAACAGCUCAACAACGGCAGCGACGCUCCGGUAGAAGUAAAAGUAAAAGUAGAAGAAAAAGAAGAAGAAGAACAGCCGCCCAUGACGGCGCUAGAAGAGGAGGCGUUCCUCGCCCUCGACGCGGAAGAAGAGGAAGCGAAGACGGAGCAGCUCCGCCGGGCUAAGGCUAACGAGCGCGCUACCCUCAAUAUGAUCCUUACUGUAGCCGGUGAGUUCUACGGACAGCGCGACCUUUUGGAGUUCCGGGAUCCGUUUGGAGGAUUUCAGGUCGAGUAAUUCAUAUGAAAGAGCAUGAUUUGUUGGUUUGUUUGUUUGCGGACCUUGCACGUAGAUAUAUGCUCGCUCAUGUGUUUCGGACCUGGAAGUCUGUAAUAACUAGAUACACCUACCUACCAUUGCAGAUAGUAAUAAAUACAAGCAUAAUAAUUUCUACGGAGCUUAGGUGCCUAGGUAUACAUAUCCCAUUUCACGCGUGAUGG